CGCGCCACUCACCGCUCCUCUCGCUCAGCGCAGCACUCUCCACCCGGACUACAUCACACACUCCUCUCAUCUAAACUCCACAUCCGAGGGAAACUCUUCCUCUGUUCUUCACCAAACUGGCUCUGUCUGCGGCGCGAUAUUAAACGCGCAACCGGACUUUUAUUUCCCGAUGUGGAGCUUUAAAUGUCAUUAUAGCAGAACUAGUUUGGACUCCAGGUGGGACGCGGCGUUUGCGCUUUGGAUGCGCGGGAUUUGGUGCUCUGGACAGCGGGUUAAGUUCCCGAAGUGCUUUUAGUAUUAGUCGGGGAAAGGACUUUGUGCCGAGGAGGGGGUGUUGGAAAGAGGAGGUCCAGGAGGGAGAGAUGGUCCAGAACGUAAUUCUGGUGUUCUUCCGCAGGCGACUGAGCCAGAGGCCGGCCGUGGAGGAGCUGGAGAGCCGGAACAUCUUAAAACAAAGAAAUGACCAGACAGAGCAGGAGGAGAGGAGAGAAAUCAAACAGCGGCUCAACAGAAAGCUGAACCAGAGACCCACAGUAGACGAGCUGCGGGACAGGAAGAUCCUGAUCCGAUUCAGCGACUAUGUGGAAGUGGCAAAAGCUCAGGACUACGACAGGCGGGCCGACAAACCCUGGACCCGCCUGUCCGCCUCUGACAAGGCGGCGAUACGAAAGGAGCUGAACGAGUUCAAAAGUACGGAGAUGGAAGUCCACACCUCGAGCAAGCAUCUGACGAGAUUUCACCGGCCAUAGCAAGGUUUCUUCUGUGAAGAGUUGCUGAUGUGUGGUUCUGUCAGGGGAGAUGCAGUCUUCCAGCGCCCGGCCCGCAGUUAGUGGGCGAUCCUGGGAUUCGCUUCCAGCCAACUUUGGAGGCUAUGUCUCUAGAAACGGAGCUGCCGGUACACGGGGAUUUCUGCUCAGAAUACAAAACCUCCUGAACCCGUCCUCCAUGUUGUCAGAGGAGCGAGGCGUUCGACAAGCAGAGACUUCUUUUUGUAAACUUUUGAAAGACGUUCUUUUUGAUGCCACACGAAGGGGGGGGAUGUGCAUGUGACAGUCGACUCCCAGUCCCGCUCCAGUUUCAGUAGUCACACCCGAGGGAUGUGUGUGAGUCCCACUGAUUCAGAUGGUGAUGCGUUUCAUAUCAACGGUGUAAACAGAAACCUUGUCUGUGUGAAGGACAGAAUUCCCUUUGUAAGCACUAUUUAUUGUCUGCACAAUACAGGUUUUCAAUUUCUAACAAAC